AUGUUCUUUCAGAUUUUCGCCUAUGCCUUGCGUCCGAUGUUCAUCAAACCAGACUUGGUGCCCUUGGAUUUCUGGGUGCUCUGCAACUUCUUCGUCAUGGCCUUCUUCGACUAUUUCAUGUUUGUGACUGUCGGCUGGCAGGCAGUCGUGUACUUUUUAUUGUCUACCUUCUUUGCUGGAUCCAUUCAUCCCACGGCAGGACAUUUCAUUGCGGAACACUACGUGAUGGAAGGGGAUGCAGAGACCUACUCCUACUACGGCCCCCUCAAUCGCUUGGCCUACAACGUUGGCUAUCAUAACGAGCACCACGAUUUCCCCAACAUCGCUUGGUCGAAUCUGCCGAAGGUCAAGGAAAUUGCUCCGGAGUACUAUGAUAACUUGCCCCAAUGCAAGUCGUGGCCAGGCGCAAUUCUUCGAUACAUCUUCGAUGAUUCCAUCAGCCCAUUCAGCCGAGUGAAGCGCCAUAAGAAGUACGAAUGA